AUGACGCAUCCUCAAGAUAUGUUCCAGAAUUAUAUGGCAUCUCCUGGUUACCAAAUGACACCAGAACAGGAGCAACAACAACAACAACAACACUUUUCUCCACAUGCCACUCCGCCCUCUCAACAACCAAUGCAUCCUGGUCUUGCCAACAUGCACAAUACACCUCAAGCAGCAGCCUUCUCCCCAUCAGCAGGUUUCCCUGUUCAAAUGUAUCCACCGCAAUUUACACCACAACAACAGCAGCAGCAACAACAACAACCAUCUCCACAGCAACAGCAGCAGCAGCAGCAUCAUCAUCAUCAUCAGCAGCAGAUGAAUUUUGCAGCUGCUCAAGGAAUGCAUUUUCCACCAAAUCAAAACAUGCGUUUUCCUCCAGGUCAAAUCCCUUUUCAACGCCCUCCACCACCACAGCAGCAGCAACAACAACAACCCGUCAUGAAUCCAAAUGCACCUCCACCACCUCAUCCUGGCAUGAUGUAUAAUAAUCCAGCAGCUUUUAUGCAGCAACACCCUCAACAGGCAAUGCAUCAACAAGGCAUGCGUCCAAUGCCUAAUCCUCAAUUCAUCAACACCUUCUCCAGGUCACCUAAUGGUUAUCCAAUGCAGGCUGUAGCUGCUUCAAGCCCCAUAAACCCAUAUCAACAACAACAAAUGCAGCAACAAAUGUACCAUCAACAGCAGCAGCAACAUCAGUUCAUGCACGCUAGACCACCUACGCCACAACAAUAUCAACACCAGAUCCAGAUCCAGAUGCAGCAACACCAUCACCAACAGCCACAUCAACAGCCACCACAGCCACAAGCACCUCCUCGCCCUCGACGUGCCGCUCGCAACACAAAGAAAAAGGUCACUUAUGAGGAAUCAUCUGAAGAUGAAGAAGACUUGUCUUUCCUCGAAGAGAUGGAUCAAGGCGAUGAUAGUGAUUUUGAGGAUGGUGAUGAUUAUGGUUCCAAGAAGAAAAAGAACAAGGCUCAGGCCAUGCCAGAACCUGAAGAAACCGUUUUUAUCCCCAUUGGCACCAAGGUUUUCGAAAAGAUUCUUGAUUAUCGAACCAAUGAUGAGACACAAGAAGAAGAAUUGCUUGUCAAGUACAAGAAUAUGAGUUAUCAUCAUAUCGAAUGGGUACCUCUUGAACAAAUUGAAGGAGAGCAUUUGGGCAAGCAUCGUGUCAAGAAGUUUUUGAAAAAGUGGCAUGAAGAUGGUCAACGAGGUGAAGAUUUCCGUGAUUACCUAAAGGUGGAUCGUGUGAUUGACGAAGGUGAAUUGACCGAUCCUCUCACCGAUGAGAACAAGAUCUACUUUUUGGUAAAGUGGAAUGGCCUGUUUUAUGAUUCAAGUACAUGGGAAACCGAAGAUGAUCUUCGUCAGAUCGAUGCGGUCAAGAUUGAUGAAUUCCACGCACGACGUCAAAUUCCACAACACAAGCUUGUCAAUCCUCCACCACGACCUAUUCCCAUGGUGACACCUUUUACCCACUAUGAUCGCUCUCCCAUGUAUCGUUUUGGCAAUGAGCUUAGAUCAUAUCAGCUUGAAGGUCUCAAUUGGCUCCGAUUUUGUUAUUACAACUAUCGCUCUUGUAUUCUUGCUGAUGAAAUGGGUUUGGGCAAGACCGUGCAAUCCGUGGCCCUGUUGAACGACAUUUAUCAUAAUCUCUGCAUCCGUGGUCCAUUUUUAAUUGUGGCACCCUUGUCAACUAUUCCUCACUGGAUUCGUGCUUUCAAUGCUUGGACGGAUUUGAACGUGAUUGAUUUCCGUGGCAGCAACCAAGCACGCAACUUGAUUGUGGAAACCGAAUUCCAUUACAAGGACAUGCAAGGAAAUACCAUCCCUAACCGAUACAAGUUUGACGUGCUCAUCACAACUUAUGAGAUGGCAUCUGCUAGUGCACAUAUUUUGCGUGAAAUCCAAUGGAAGAAUGGUGUCUUUGAUGAAGCUCACAGAUUGAAGAAUAAGCAAUCCAAGGUGCUUGAGAUCUUAAAGACCUUUUACAUUGAGCACAAGCUUCUAUUGACUGGCACUCCUUUGCAAAACAACCUUGACGAAUUAUACAGCUUGUUGAACUUUAUGCAACCCGAAAUCUUCAAUGAUGAGAAGUUAUUCUUUGCAGAAUUCGGCACCUUGCAGACAGCAGCCCAAGUCGAGAAACUUCAAGCUCUUUUGAAACCUAUCAUGUUGCGUCGUUUCAAGGAAGAUGUUGAAAAGACAAUUCCCAUCAAGGAAGAAACCGUCAUUGAAGUCGAGUUGACCACACCACAAAAGAAAUGGUAUCGUGCCAUCCUUGAAAAGAACUUCAGCUUCCUCAAAAAGGGAUCCAAGACCAACAAGGAGAUGCCUCAGCUUCGAAAUAUCAUGAUGCAGCUUCGCAAGUGCUGUAUCCAUCCCUAUCUUCUUGAAGGUGCAGAGGAAGUGAUUCUUUCCGAAUGCCACGCUGAUGGUCCUCGUGAACAAUUCAAUUGUUUGGUUCAAUCCUCGGGUAAAUUGGUCUUGAUUGACAAGCUUUUACGCAAAUUGAUCACUGGCAACCACAAGGUGUUGAUUUUCUCCCAAUUCACAAGCUGCUUGGAUAUCUUGGCCGAUUAUUUGCGUGGACGAAGCUAUGCAUACGAGCGUAUUGAUGGCAGUAUUCCUGGUGAUCAACGUCAAGCUGCUAUUGAUCGUUUCACAACACUUCCUAUUGAAGAAUCUUUUGUCUUUUUGCUUUGUACCAGAGCAGGUGGUGUUGGUAUCAAUUUGACGGCUGCCGAUACAUGUAUUAUCUUUGACAGCGAUUGGAAUCCACAAAACGAUUUGCAAGCCCAAGCCCGUUGUCAUCGUAUUGGUCAAACUAAGCCGGUCCAAAUCUAUCGUUUGAUUUGUCGCAACACCUAUGAAAAGGAUAUGUUUGAUCGCGCUGGUAUCAAGCUUGGUUUGGAUAAGGCUGUGAUGCAACGUUCUGGAAACACCGUUCAAGAUGAAGGAGGAGCAAACGGCAAACACGAGCUCACCAAGAAGGAGAUUGAAGACUUGCUAAAGAAGGGUGCUUAUGGUGCCGUGUUGGAUGAGGAAGCAAGUACCCAAUUCUGUGAGGAAGACAUUGACCAGAUUCUUGAGCGUCGUACACGUGUCAUUCGUCACGAAGGCAAUGAAAAGGGAUCCGUUUUCUCCAAGGCUACCUUCUCUGCUGGUGAAGACAACAUGGGUGUUGAGAUCGAUGACCCUGACUUUUGGGAGAAAUGGGCAGCCAAGGCCAAUAUUGAUGCUACUGAAGAAGUGGAUGAAAACAACCUCAUCGUGUAUGAACCUCGUCGUCGUCGUGCCGUACAACGCUUUGGUAGCCGUCCUGCUGAUGGAUCCUAUUCUUCGAACGACAAUGCUGAUGAUUCGGAUGCCUAUGAGGAAGAACCUGAACGUGGAAGCAGUCGUCGACGUGAUCAAAUGCGCUUAUGGAGCUUAUCAGAAAAGACAAAGUACGAACGCAAGCUUAUGAUUUAUGGCUAUGGUCGUUGGGAUUUGAUGAAGCCACACUUCCCUCGUCGAUCUGAAAAGGAUCUCAAGGCUGUUACGCGAGCCCUUAUGCGCAAGGUGGUUCCUACAAUCGAGCGCAACAAUGAUGAAGAUCGCAAACUUGUCGAUGAUAUCGAAUACAUUCUUGAAUCCGAUUGCCGUGACGAGCCACGUGGUGAUCGAACCGUGCCCUAUUCGAAUGCCAACAAGAAGCAAAUUGCUGAAUUCAGAUCAUUCCUAUUGGAAGCACCUGCCGACUAUAUCGAGCACAUUGAGCGAAAGGGACGCAAUUUCUUGUUACGUAUCCAAAUGUUAUACUUGAUCCGUGACAAGAUUAUGCCUAAGCGUUGGGAGGAUGCAAAGAAGCUUGAGAUCCCCAAGGUUACCGGUUCUAUUCCUGCACCAUGGUGGGGUGCUGAUGAAGACCGUGCUUUGUUGUUGGGUAUCUGCAAGCAUGGCUAUCAGCAAUAUUUGGCAAUGCGCAAUGACCAGGAGUUUUGCUUUUAUGGAAGAAAGUAUGAUGAUAGUCGUGCCGGUGCAUUGGAGGAUGAUGACGGUCCACCAGCAUCGAAUGGCAAAAAGGAAGACACACCUGAAGUUGACGAUGACGACAAGGAUUACAAACCAGCCGAUGGUGAUGAUGAGCAAGUUUAUGUAUGGCCAUCCAAGGCUGAUAUUGGCAUGCGACUCCGCCGUAUCAUUGCAGCCUUCUUGCGUGAAAAAGCCAAUGAUGUUCGAAAGCGCAAGUUGCAUGAGAAGGAAGCAAAGAAGGAACGUGAUCGCAAAUCAAGAAUGCGUGAACGUGAAUCUCGUCAACAACAACGUUUGAGAGCCAAGCAACAAGAAGCUGCCAACCGAUGGUCCAAAAAGAAUCGAGCUGACUUUUUAAAGACCAUCUUAUCGUUCGGUACAGAAACGGUGCCUGAUGAGGCUGAUGUGAGAUGGGGUCGAUUCAAGGAACUUGCAGGCUUGGAAAAGAAGACCGAUGAAUCACUCGACUUGUAUUUGACAAAGUUCAUUGCAUCAUGCAAAGAAGUGCUCAAGCAUCACAAGCAAGAGGAUGAUGAUAAGAAACCAAAGCAACAAGGUGACGAUGCCGAAGCACCCACAUCUACAAAUGGCGAUGGUGAGAAUGCGGAUGGCUCCACUUCACAAUCACUUGCCAAUCCUGAUGCCGCUGCAGCUGCUGCUGACACUUCCAAUGCUCAUUCUCCAGCAGCAAAUGAUGAUUCCGGUGAUCAUGACUAUAACGGUGAUGGCGAUGUGGAUGUCGAUUUGGACCUUGUGCCAUAUGAUAAGGCUCGACGUGCUCUUAAACGUAUUGAGCAAAUGAAGACGAUCCGUGAACAAGUGAUGGUAAACCCUGAGCUGGACUCAUUGUUGGAGAAAGGACGAAAGACAUCAGGAUUGCCUGGAUGGUGGCAAGUGCCUUUACAUGACAAGGGUCUUUUGCAAGGCAUCUGCAAGCAUGGUAUUGGUCGCAAUGAUCUUUUGCUCAAUGAUCCAGAACUUCCAUUUUUCGAGAUCAAGCAGCGUGUGGUAGAGGAAGAAUCCAUUGAGGACCCUGAGGGAGAAGGUGCACCUACUGUGAUUGAAAAAUUGGCUUGGCCUCGUGAUUUGGUUGUUGCACGACGUAUUGAUGCCUUGUGUGAGCAAGUGUUACGACCCAAACCACCACCCAAACGACCUGCCUCUAGCCGAAAACGGAAAAAUCCCGAUUCUUCCAAACAAGACAAGAAGCAAGGAUCCAAUAACGAUGCCACAAAAGGAAAUACAGCCAACAAUGAGGAAGGGAAGGAUGGUGAUUAUGAUGAAGCACCCAUGUCUUCACCUGUUUAUGGCGGAUACAGUGACAGUGGUGAAGAUACCGAUACGAUGCUUGAGGAAGCUUCGCAAAGAAUGAACAAGCGUUUCAAGAAUCAACAUGAGGAGGAUGCGGAGGAGGAGGAAGAGGUACCUAGUGAACCCAAUACGACUGCAAGCGCUGGCGCUGUUCCACCACCACCCGAACCAUCCAAUGAAUCAAGUCAUGCACAAGAGGUGCCCACUAUUGCUGCUACUGCUGCUACAGCCGCAACAGGGGAUAAUAACUCAUCGGAUGAUGACAUGACUGAUUCUGAAGAAGAAGGUGAAGAUACGCCCAUGGUCCCAUCUGGCAACUUUUGA